AUGGCUGGUUCUUUGCUCUGGAACGAUGGAUCCCAACCAGUCGCAUUGACUUCCCGUCUUCCAUCCCUAUGUGGAUCCAAAUUCAUGACUUGCCAGACUAUCGAUGCUAUGAGAAGAGCGUUGUCGAGAUCGGGGAUAAAUUGGGAGACCUCAUGGCCUGGGAAGUUCAGCCACCGCGGGUUCAGGUCACUCUGGAAGGAGGAGCACCUCUGGUCUUGA